AUGGACAUUACAAGAAGAGUUUCGCUUCUGCUGUUGCUGCUUCUGGGCUUCUGUAAAGCUCACCCUGUAGAUGUAAGGCACGACUCGCUGAAUGUAGAGAAUAAGAACUCAUAAAAUUUGCAUGACAUUAGCACAACUAUCCUCAGGAUGAACAAUGGAUCUAAUGAGAUACUGCUGGAGGGGGACCUGCUCAUUCCAAAAACCAGGAAUGCGAUGAAGUGCAUGAGUAAAGAUUACAGCUGCCGGUGGCCGAAGUCUAAAAAUGGGAAAGUGGAAAUCCCUUUUAGUAUAAGUGAUGAAUAUGAGGACUCAGACAAGAGUAUGAUUCUAAGCGCCAUGAAGGGAUUUGAACCAACAACCUGCGUUCGCUUCAUUCCUCGCACAGAUGAGCGUGUAUAUCUGAGCAUUGAACCAAAAUAUGGCUGCUUUUCUAUGAUGGGUCGUAUUGGAGAUAAGCAGGUGGUGUCUCUGCAGAAGUAUGGCUGCAUAGAUUACGGUAUCAUCCAGCACGAAUUGCUGCACGCUUUGGGUUUCUACCAUGAACACACUCGAAGCGACCGUGACCAAUAUGUCCGAAUCAACUGGGAGAACAUCAAGGAAUAUUAUGUGCAGAACUUCAAAACGAUGGACACAGAUAAUCUCGGCACUCCCUAUGACUAUUCCUCUGUGAUGCACUAUGGAAGAACUGCCUUUGGGAUUAAUGGAAAGGAAACCAUAACUCCCAUCCCUGAUACCUCUGUUCCGACUGGCCAGAGGAAAGGCUUGUCCAAUAUUGACAUUCGCAGGAUCAACAUUCUCUACAAAUGCUGA